CCGCUGCAAGGCUCGGCAAAUGAAGCUCCCGAAAUUCCAGACAAUGUGGGAGAUUGGCUUCAGGGCGUCUACCACUUCGCCACCAAUAGGAAUGACUUCCGGAGGAACUUGAUCCUCAAUUUGGGACUCUUUGCUGCCGGAGUUUGGCUGGCCAGGAAUUUGAGUGACAUUGACCUCAGCCUGGGGUGUAGCCAUAAAGACACAUGGAACUCUUGUGCUGUACUCAAACCUUCCAAAAACGAAGCCUCCAAUCUGUGA